UUUUGGCUAUGAGAAGAGAGGGGGGAGGGCCUUCCAGGUUGGAAGGUGGGAUAAUGAGGGGGAGGGGAUCACAAAUGUCUGCACAGACCCAGAAGGUAACUAACCGUGAGAAACAGGGAUUGGCGGGGACUACGGUAAAUUUAUGUGCUCUUAAAGGGGCUUGUAAUGCCAGGCUGGAAAGUGAGCCCAUGUUGUCAGAUCUUCUGAUAUUUCAAAAGAAGCCACGAAACCAGAUUCCCGAUUCCAGAAAGAGGCGGAGGAGGCAGGAGGGGGAAGGACUUCUUUUAAAAAGCCCCAUGUGAGCUAAACAAAAUACACCUACGGGCCACUUUGGGCCCACCGUCUGCCAACUUUAGACUUCCAAGGCAAGGUCUAAAGGUAGUGCGGUGGGAGUGGGUAGAGUGGGCAGGAGUGGAGGGGCUGAGAUCAGAAUGUGAAAAGCUCUCAAUGUAAGCGCUGUCUCUCAAACGCGAGGCCACAUGAAUCACCCAAAGUGCUGCUGAAGUUUGUGAAGCGCUACUGGAGACAGUCCCAGAGGGCUUUGGAGCAGGAGAGGGACGCGAUGAAAACAAGAGCUCAGAAAGAUUAAUUUGCCAACAGUGUGCAGACCGGAGAUCAGCAGACAGGUUAUGGGCCACAGGGUGGCAGACUUGAGGGCUCCUUUAAGGCAGCGACCCCGGCCCUGCUGAAGGGAGGCUGGCCUUCAGCCGCCCAGGCCGUCUCUCUAGUUCCGUUGGAAGCAAGGCGCUGCGUGCUCCGGACGGCUUACUGAGGGCACUUUGGGGAAUCCGUCCCCACGGGCGAAGUAUAGGUGGGGUGUUCGCGAACAGGCGGGCGGAGAGCACCGGCAAGAACCCCCGCAGACCGGAGGGCCACGCCUCUCGCUCCUCGGCUCAUUGCAGGCGCCCACAUCCCACCCCGCGGUGCUGAGCGAGGCGCAUCUCGCUGCCAUGGCGACCGCCUCCAUGGAGACCGGGAGCAGAGGCUGCGGUCCCCGGGGGCGCGUCACAGGCUCUCCCAGCCCCCAGACCGCGUGCCUUCUUUGUUCUGAUGCUUCUCCAGGCCGGGCCAGGCACCCGGGACGCGUCUCGGGCCCGCACGGGGGCGCUUCUUUCGAGACAGGGGAUGGGGUGGAAGGGGAAGAGGUCCAAACCCUGGGGUCGAAACAGGAGUGAUGUUCUGUCUCGUUCCUCAGCUCCUGAACGAGACCAACACGGCCCGUAUCGAUGGCCGAAGCCGGCGUGGAAGCCCAGGGAGAAAGGCCACCUUCGGGAGCUCCACCCAGCCCCGAGACGCGCCCGACGGCCCUCCCGAGAGCGAAGGGCCCAAGGGAGGUGCGUCCUAAGCAAGGUUCAAGGCUAGAGGCGCUAUCCCCCAGGCGGAAGAAGGAGCGGGGGCGGGGCCUAUCCGAGGCCCUCCUUCUCCCUCUUCGAGUGGCCGGUUCUGGCCCCUGGCCUAGUUGGGCCGCCUGCCCGUCUUCCUCGCGAGAGCUCGCCCGGCAGGCGCGGACUAGCAGGGCGCUGCCUCGGCGACCCUGGCACGUGACGUAGGCGGCCCUCGCCAGUUGGGCGUUCUUUGGAGCCCGCUCAUUGGUCCGGAGCGUCCCUCGCCCCACCCUCCCAGAUCAACCAAUGGGCGGAGGCGGGGGCGUGCCGACGGGAGGGCGGCCGCGGCGCGGGGCUCCCUUCCUCGUGCUCGGCGUUGAGCUCCUGCAGCCGCCGCCGCUGCAGCGGUCGUCCCUGCCGUCCCCGGCCCCGGGGUGCACCCCGCAAGGCUCCCGCUGGUGUCCCUGGAGCAUGGGAGGCUGCUGAGCGUGAGUGGCGGUGUCUGGCAGGAGCUGCGUGGCAGGGAGGGCGUCCAUGGCUGCAGCCAACAAGGGCAACAAGCCCAGAGUCCGGAGUAUCCGCUUUGCGGCAGGCCACGAUGCAGAAGGAUCCCACAGCCACGUCCACUUUGAUGAGAAGCUGCAUGACUCGGUGGUCAUGGUCACCCAGGAGAGUGACAGCAGCUUUCUGGUCAAGGUUGGCUUCCUGAAGAUCCUGCACAGGUAUGAGAUUACCUUCACUCUGCCCCCAGUGCACAGGCUGAGCAAGGAUGUCCGCGAGGCACCUGUCCCCAGCCUGCACCUCAAGCUCCUCAGCGUGGUGCCCGUCCCUGAAGGUUAUAGUGUCAAGUGCGAGUACUCGGCGCACAAAGAGGGCGUCCUCAAAGAGGAGAUACUGCUAGCCUGCGAAGGUGGCACUGGCACCUGUGUGCGCGUGACGGUGCAGGCCCGCGUCAUGGACCGGCACCACGGCACGCCCAUGCUGCUGGAUGGUGUCAAGUGUGUGGGCGCCGAGCUGGAAUACGACUCAGAGCACAGCGACUGGCACGGCUUUGACUGAGGCCCGAGGCCCCGCCUGCCCCGGGCCCCUCAGCCUUAAACCCCGCCUUGUCCCCCCGACAUGCUGCGUGAUGGUGUGGCUUCCUCGCCCCUCUCUGGGGUGGGUGUGGGGGUGGAGUGGCCUUGCCCACGCCUCUCACCUCUGCCUUCAUUUGUGCUGCCACCCUGCCCCUCCCUCGUCCUCCUCUCCCACUUCCUCCUCUCUGUGUGCCUCAGUCUCCUGCCGGAAGAAAUGGGUUGAGCCCGAAAGGAGGCUGUCUGAGGAAGGGAGAGGGAGGGCCUGGGGUGGGUUCCCCACUCCCCACCCCAAGCCACAGGGACUCCAACCAGGGUCUGGGAGAGGAUGGAGCUGGCUCUGUGACGUCGUGGCCCCAUUACUGCUGCUGCUGCCUUGCUUCAGCCACCUCUCCUGCCCCUCCCUAGUCCCCACUGCUGUCCACCAUGAGUAGGAGGGAGGUGCAGUCCCCAGCCCCCACCCCUCAGGUCUGUGUUACUUGGUUUUUAAGCGACUGGUUGGGAUAGAACCCUAAAGAAAUAAAACUUCCAGUGGAUACCGGA